AUGGCGUCAAACACCAAGUCGGCGCUCAAACCGCCCUCCAUCUCUCCACCCGCCAACUAUGGCCCCUUUGGCAAAAUCGAGCCCAACUCGACAAAAUACUUUGCAGCAUGCAUGCUAGGUGGCGUCGUGGCCUGCGGUCCCACACAUACGCUCGUCACGCCGCUCGACCUCGUCAAGACGCGCCGGCAGGUCUCGCCGGGCAUCUACAAGUCCAACCUGCAAGGCUGGUCCCAGAUCUGGAAGGCCGAGGGGCUCCGCGGCGUCUUCUUCGGCUGGAGCCCGACGUUUGUGGGCUACUCGUUCCAGGGGCUGGGCAAGUACGGCUUCUACGAGAUCUUCAAGCACCAGUACGGCGACAACAUGUUCCCCAACAUGAACCGCACCGUUGUUUUUCUGGCCGCCUCCGCCUCGGCCGAGUUCAUCGCUGAUAUGCUGCUGUGUCCCUGGGAGGCCAUCAAGGUGCGCAUGCAGACCACCCUACCGCCCUACGCACAGAAUCUGCGUGAGGGCUGGAGCAAGGUCGUGGCCAAGGAGGGCGUGUCGGGCUUGUACAAGGGUAUCGUGCCGCUCUGGGGCCGUCAGAUCCCCUACACCAUGUGCAAGUUCGCCACGUUCGAGGAGACGGUCAGCGUCAUCUACAAACAGCUGGGUAAGCCCAAAGAGGAGUACGGCAAGGUGGCGCAGACCGGCGUCAGCUUCUUGGGCGGUUAUAUCGCGGGUAUUGCCUGUGCGAUUGUCAGCCACCCGGCCGAUGUCAUGGUCAGCAAACUGAACAGUGAUCGAAAACCCGGCGAGAGUUCCGGCAAAGCCAUGACCCGCAUCUACGGCAAUAUCGGCUUCACCGGCUUAUGGAACGGUCUGCCCGUCCGCAUUGCCAUGAUCGGUACUUUGACGGCCUUCCAAUGGCUCAUCUACGACUCGUUCAAGGUCUACCUCGGCCUCCCCACGACCGGUGGUCACUAG